CUGCCAAAGGUAUAAACUUCAUCGGGUACUUAUAGGAUAUUUUGACUGAAAGCGUUCUGCGCUUUGACACCUUUACAAACAAGACGAGACUUCCUCUGAGGCCUGAGCUCUUCUGGUGACGUGCCUGUUUUUACUUGGGCAUCGGAUAAACUUUGGAUAGAAACUCGCAGUAAAGCAGAAAUUAUAACAGACAACAUGAAACUUGAAGUAUUCUGUGGAAACCACCACUAUGAGGUGAAAUCUGUGGAGCUGUGCAGCGAUGCUAAGAACAGCGUCCGCUCGCCUGUCUCUGGUGAGGAGGAGUUGGGUUCGGAUGGGGACUGUCUAGCGCACAGCCCGCCACCUGUCACACUGGGUGCAGAUGGCAAAGGCAAACCGUACACGCGGAGACCAAAACCUCCAUACUCUUACAUCGCACUGAUUGCCAUGGCUAUCCGUGACUCAACGUCGGGGCGUCUGACUCUGGCGGAGAUCAAUGACUAUCUGAUGACAAAGUUUCCCUUUUUCCGGGGCAGUUACACCGGUUGGAGGAAUUCCGUGCGCCACAACUUGUCACUGAACGACUGUUUUCUGAAGGUCCUCCGGGACACGUCCAGACCAUGGGGAAAGGACAACUACUGGAUGCUGAAUCCUCAAAGCGAGUACACCUUCGCUGACGGAGUGUUCCGACGCAGGAGAAAACGAAUCAACAAAAAGACAGGCAAAGAGCAAGACGUGUCUGACCAUCGUCCAGACGAGGACACGCAACUCACCACAACACCCGCACCACCAGCCAGCAGUGCCAAGUUCUCCAGUUCCUUCGCUAUAGACAGUAUCCUCAGCAAACCGUUCAAGAGACAGGAGUGGGCUGAGAAUUCUCCCACCGUUGGUGCGUUACCGUGGCCCGGUUACACUCAGAUGAUGCCCCACAUUGUGAGAGGACCAUCAGUCGCCUUACCGCAUCCCGCCCAUUCGAUGUUUCAUAUUGACUCAUACGCUGCGCAUAUCCUGGGGGCAUAUGGUGGUGGAUUGUACUGAGAUGGAUCAUCGAAAAUAUAGUUUCGCAGCUCUGAAAUUGACAUAAAAGGGCUCAUACAUUUACCAGAUAAUCCCAGCAUUUGCAGCGCUGGCUACUCCAGGAUCUGACGUUUACCACCGAUUCAAAACAGACAGUAUUCUUUCGUAAUGGACCCGAGUGGCAAAUAGAAUGAAAACACUGGGUUGGCAUUGGUGUACUUUGACAGUAAUUGUGUUUGAACUAAAUGCAUGUUAUUUCAUUGCCUUAUAUUUGGACAAGGUCACAGAGAAUAGUAUGUGUUAUAUCUGGACAUGUUUGUAUGGAUCGACGCACCCUGUGGGGAGGAGUAGGCUUUAUUUCGUUGCUUUGAUGUUCUAUGGUAAUUUCCCUUUAAAACAAUAGCAUUUUUUUUGCUAUACUGUGUACAUACAGUUCAUGAUGUAUAGAUUAUAGGCUAUUUAUGUUGUUGGUUUGUUGAAAAUAUUGUUACUGAAUUGUCGAAUCACUUGAUCACUUCAAAUCAUGCUGUUUAGGGUAACUUGGGGCUAAACGCCCCCUCCUGUAAUUCUCACAGAAACCACUUCAUGUCACUCACUUUUUAACACUUUCCCUGGAUGCCAGUAGUCUUGCUCAACUAAAAAUGUCACGUCUCAUCUCAACUUUUUAAGUCACUCCAACAAAAUGAUUUUUUGACUCCGGUGGGGCAAAAUGCCCUCAGGAUAAUUCAAUGCAAGUCAUUGGUAUCUAUAUUAGAACUUUACAAAUCAUAUCCAAAUCCUCCAUAAGUAACUUUAUUGAGAGUUAGGAAGUACAUUCAAACCGCAUCAUAGUGAGGACAUUAAUAGUGAGAAGUGCAGUUAAUGUUUUUUUCUAAAUUCAAUGUAUUUCAUCAAAAUAAGAUACCUAAACUUUAGCUUUUAAGAGUCAAUUACAAAAAAAUCUAAAAUUAAACGUAUAUAAUGGGUUUUAACACACUAAUCUUCAGGGUGCAUUUUGCCGGGAAAGUGAGUUCAAAAUUCCCACUGUAUGGCGUUUUAAUUAAUUCUGCCCACUUAUUUCCCUUCAAAAUGUGUUUGCCUAAGGAUAGCCAAUAUGCACAUAUCUUAAUAUUACCAAAACAUUGUUUUUUUCUGUCAGAACAUAGACAUUUCCCUUAAGGGGGCGUUUCCCCCUAAGUUACUUAAGCAAUUAGGCCCAAGGGGGUGUGGUAUAUGGCCAAUAUACCCAAUAUACCACAGCUAAGGGCUGUUCUUACACAUGACGCAAUGCGGAGUGCCUGAACAUAGUCCUUAGCCGUGGUAUAUUGGCCAAAUACCACAAACCCCCGAGGUGCCUUAUUGCUAUUAUAAACUGUUAACCAAUGUGAUUAGAUCAAUAAAAAAAUGUUUUUGUUAUACCCAUGAUUUACGGUUUGAUAUACAAUGGCUGUCAGCCAAUCAUCAUUCAGGGCUCUAACCAACCAGUUUAUAAUCUACAAUAUAACAUUUUGCAUUUUGUGAUCAUGUCGAGCAGUUUGUAUAUGUUUUUUAAUUUUGUUUAAACACAAUACAUAUUUUGAA